GUUCAAGGACAGAGAUUUGACUUCUGGAUCUGUUAUAUAUCAAGAUGAUGAACAGGAGUUCUCCUGAUACAUUGCUAGAAAUGACAACAUUGGAAUGACAUGAUAUUUUGGUUUCUGUGGAGGACUUCAGAGCACCUUGCUGAAAAUCUUGACCUACAUCUGACCAGAGUUCCAGUCAUGUGAAAUACAAAAAUUCUGCUGAUAUGUUUUAAAAUAUCCACCGAGCAACUCUUUUCUGCCUAACUUUAUUCCAGAGAUUUUAGUGUAGUUCCAUGUCUUUUUGUCUUACAGUUCUGAUCUCCUUUCUCCAGUGAGCUGCGCUGUGUGGCUGGAGCAGUCGUUCAACAAUGAGUGGUGCAGCGCUGGGCCUUGAGAUAGUGUUUGUCUUUUUUCUGGCCUUAUUCCUACUUCAUCGGUAUGGGGACUUCAGGAAACAGCAUAGGCUUGUGAUCAUAGCCACAUUGUUGGCGUGGUAUCUCUGCUUCCUUAUUGUGUUUAUACUGCCUCUGGAUGUCAGUACGACUAUUUAUAAUCGAUGCAAACUUGCUGUUAACUCCAGUCCUGCAGAAAGUAAUGGCUCUUACGUUACUCUUGCUCCAAGCAAACAAAAAUGUUUCAAACCUUGGAGUUAUAUUCCUAAUGGAAUUAUGCCAAUUUUCUGGCGUGUUGUGUAUUGGACGUCUCAGUUUCUAACUUGGAUUCUGCUACCUUUCAUGCAGUCAUAUGCAAGAUCAGGGGGGUUCUCCAUUACUGGAAAGAUUAAAACUGCGUUGAUCGAGAAUGCAAUAUAUUAUGGCACUUACUUGCUGAUUUUUGGGGCGUUUUUAAUAUAUGUGGCUGUAAACCCAAACUUCAAUUUACAGUGGAACCAACUUCAGACUAUUGGGAUAGCUGCUGCAAACACAUGGGGUCUCUUUCUUCUUGUGUUGCUUUUGGGUUAUGGUUUGGUGGAAAUCCCCCGUUCUCACUGGAAUGGGGCUAAGAGGGGUUAUCUGCUCAUGAAGACUUAUUUCAAAGCUGCCAAACUGAUGACUGAGAAAGCAGACGCAGAGGAGAAUUUAGAGGACAUUAUGGAGGAAGUUCGUAAAGUAAGUGAGAGUAUCAAAUAUAACCACCCCUUGAGAAAAUGUGUUGAUACAAUACUGAAAAAGUGUCCUACUGAGUACCAGGAAAGAAUGGGUAGGAACAUGGAUGAUUAUGAAGAUUUUGAUGAAAGACAGAACAGUUAUCCAAGUGAGAAAAGUCUGGUCAAACUUCACAAGCAGGUGAUCUAUUCAGUACAGAGACACCGUCGUACACAGGUCCAGUGGCAAAUUCUUUUAGAGCAAGCAUUUUACCUAGAAGAUGUGGCAAAAAAUGAAACAAGUGCUACACGACAGUUUGUUCAUACCUUUCAUUCCCAGGAACCAGAGAAUAAAAUUAUUCAGUAUUUCUACACACCAACUGUUGAUAUGUGUGUGUGUUUGUUUUUUCCAGAGUGGUACUGGGAAUGUCUUCUACGACCAUGGUUUUACAGGGUGCUUGCAGUUGUGCUGGCUACAUUCUCUGUAAUUGUUGUGUGGUCAGAGUGCACAUUUUUCAGUACAAAACCAGUUCUAUCGCUAUUUGCAGUUUUCAUACAGCUGGCAGAAAAGACAUAUAAUUAUAUAUACAUAGAGAUGGCCUGUUUUCUUACCAUCUUUUUCCUAAGUAUCUGUGUUUACUCUACUGUCUUCAGGAUCCGUGUAUUUAACUAUUAUUACUUAGCUUCACAUCAUCAGACAGAUGCAUACAGUCUCCUUUUCAGUGGCAUGUUAUUUUGCCGUCUUACUCCACCAUUGUGCUUGAACUUUUUGGGCUUGACCCAUAUGGAUGCAACAAUCUCUCACAAAAACACUCAACCAACUGCUUAUACAUCUAUAAUGGGAUCCAUGAGAGUGCUAUCCUUCAUUGCAGAUGGAUUCUAUAUAUACUACCCAAUGCUUGUCGUCAUUCUCUGUAUUGCCACAUACUUUAGCUUAGGAACUCGUUGUUUGAAUCUUUUGGGAUUCCAGCAGUUCAUGGGGGAUAGUGAAAUGACUUCUGAUUUGAUUGAUGAAGGAAAAGAGCUAAUCAGAAGAGAGAAAAGAAAACGACAGAGGCAGGAAGAAGGUGAAAACAGAAGAAGGGAAUGGAAGGAGCGAUAUGGAAAUAGAGACGAUUCCACUAGAAACAGAGCUGUCCACACAGACCAAAAAGAAUCCAGCUUCACAGAGACCAAUGCCAAUAGACCACUAUCAAAGUAUACCCGAUCAAAUGGCAGGACUGAAAGAGAUAGAAUAGAACUCCUCCAGGAUGCAGAACCUUUGGAUUUUAAUGCAGACUCUGUUAACGAUGACCCUCUUGAAUCAGACUCGGGAAGGUACCAGCCUGGUGGAAGAUACCUGUCAAUGUCUCGAAGCAAAAUAUUUGAUGAUGUCUAAGCUCCUCAAUGCUAAAGAAAAUUCAGUGGAAGCCUAGCUCCUCCUCAUUGCUUGGAAAAUACUGUAUUUGUGAUAUAUCACUGAACCAUCAAAGACUGUUUCUGUUUAAAAAAAAAAUAUGAAGGAACAAUUUUGGAAAUGCACGUGUAUGAUAAGUUCACCACUUAUGAUAAGAACAAGCUGCUUCUAUUGUAGAUACUGUUGUGCAUCAGUGUGGGCUUUUGUGUCAUGAUGAAAAGGAGAAGACUAUUAAUUUAAUAAAUUGUAUAUACCUGGAACUGUA